GGGUGGGGGGGUGUGGUUGGAGGGGGGUUUGCAAACGGGGUUAACGGACGUCCAAAAUGACGGGUGGUGCCGCCGGUUCGGGGGGCAAUGACUUCGUUCCUGCGAGUGAUGCACAGAUGGCCGAGUUGCGAGGGAAGUCGAGAGUGUGGCGUCAUGUGACGCAGGGUCAGAGGUUGGGAACAUGGGAGAAGGGGCAUGGGGAUUAUAAGUUGCGCUGCAAUUAUUGCAAGAAUGUCUGGCAGGGGAAUUUAUUCAAGGCACAGCGUCACUUCACGCAGUUGAAGAGGUGCGCGGUGGCGACGAUGGACGUGUUCGUUGAUAUUUGGAACCACACAGAUUACGAGUUCGACAAGCGACAUCUCCGCGGUAUCGAGGCUUACAUGAGGGAGCACGAUAUCCCUGAUAGACGUGCUACGGACCUCCAUCGAGGCAGUGGCAGGGGGAGGACGGGUGCGUCGCAGUCGCAACCACAGGAGCGAGAUCAUGUGGACGAGGCGCACAAGAGACAGCGGCAGUCCACUCUGGAUGAGGUGUACGAUCCAGAUGGGCAGGUCGCAUUCAGGGACACCUUUUUGCAGUGGGUCUACGAUAGUGGUAUACCCUUUGUUGCUUUCAGGAGGCAGUCAUGGUAUAGGCACAAGAAGGCGUUGGCCGCCAUGUCUCGUGGAGUGCGGCCUGUCUAUCCGUCCUUCAAGGACAUUGGGGGCGGCGGUAUCGAUGAUCAGCGGGGGAAGGUUGCGGCAAUGUUGAGGGAGGUCCGUGGUUCGUUCGAGUCGGUGGGGGCCACCAUUUUGUCGGACGUUAGGCAAUCGCGAGAUGCGAGGCCUAUCGUCAACUUCCUUGCGGCCUCCAAGCGCGGCGCCCUGUUGUACGCCACCGUCCAGCGAGACGGUUCAGUGGCCGAGAUGGCACGGAUCGUCCUCAGGAGAUGGAAGGCCAUUUUUCGGUCUUUCCCUCCGAAGGACGUGUUGGUCAUUUGCACGGACUCUGCGUCGAACUAUACGUCCGCCGCAAAGCUCCCUGCAAAGGACCCCGAUCCGGAGAUCCGCCGUAUCACUUGGCUCCCCUGUGCCACCCACGUGGCCAACUUGAUGUUGUUAGACAUCGGCACAGGGGUUCCUUGGGUUACGGAGACCAUUGUCAGAGAUCGAGCGUUGGAGCAAUUCAUUAAAUCGCACGGCGUGGCUUAUCACCUUUUCAGGGUGAAGAGUCGUCGCCGCACGCUUGUGCACCCUGUGGAGACGCGAUUCGCGCGCUCCCUCUGUUACUACGAGUCCGCCCGCAGGACAGCUGCGGACCUCGAGGUCGUUACCGAGUGCGGCUCAUUUCUCUUGGCGCAGACAGGCGGUGAUUCGGCGGGGGAUGCACACUUGCGGGUGCGUGAGCAGAUGCGAUCCUUCCACGCCAGGGUCAGCCACACGACGGACAUGUUGACGAGGGACGCCAAGGCAGAGGCCUGUGCAGGGGACGAGGAGACGAGCAGAGUCGAGACACUUCAUCCUUACGACUAUGUGCCCCCACCGCCAGCAGAGCCGGCGGAUACGUCGGAGCAGGAGUCCGACUCGGAGGAUUUGCCGCCCGGUGUAGAUAAGAGUGUCGAGAGACUCUACUACACAUACGGUGCAGAACCGGACGAUUCUCAGCCACACUGCACCGUCAUUCAAGAGAGCGACGACGAUUCCUUUCCCCCUAGUGGGGGUGGUACUGGUGGGCCGACGAGACGUGCUGCACGAGGCGCGAGUGGAGGUGUUACAGGCGAGCCUAGUGGAGGGGCCACACACGACGAGGGAGGACGUACUGCAUUACCUGCUCAGUCCACUGCUGAGAGAGAGAGGGAGCACGCAAGGCCGGCCUGCACGGAUGACGACGACAACGAUGACGACGUGCCAUUGGUCUUUCACAGAGCACGCAUGGCGAGCGACAGAGCUCCGCCUGCCACCGAGGGUCUUAGGAGAUCACUGCGGUUGCAGACGCAGACCGACUCGUCCACGGGCGUCAGACGCGAGGUGUUCGACCACCUGGAUGACAUUACAGCCGAUGAUCAUAUGUUGAGCCAGCACACACCCGCCUCGGCACCUCCAGGGGACAGGGAGCAGACGGACCUACGCACGAGUGACUUUCCUGGACUCAGACACAAACUUUCUGACACCGGUUUUCCAGGACGGGGCCACAAGAGAGAGAGAGUGGGGGAUGACGUCGAGUAUCGUCCUACGGAGGCUGGUGUACCGGAGUCGACCGAGGAGCUCCAUGCCCGCUUGGAUCGAGAGGAGGAGCAGUGGUUGGAGGUGUUGCAGAGAGACUGGGCGGGUAAAGCCGUGUACAUGGCGGAGCAGCAGCGUGCUCGGGAUUUGGAGACCGGUGCUGCACUACCUGAUCCGGGCGGGGUGGAGCAUCACGAUCCAUUCGCACCUGAUCUUGCACAGACUGAGGGGCACGGUGAUCCGAACGUGCCAGAGCAUGGAGAUCCUGUCGUGUCCGACGUCGUACUUGGAUUUCGUGCGGCAGACACGUUGCAGCCCGAUGAUGUACGGACUGAGGAGGCAAUUCGUAUGAAGGGUGAUUCUGACGAGCAUGGGGACGGAGGGUGUGGACCCGGUGUGGAGGCUGAUGAUGGGGCGGAUACUGCGGGGCGACUUUCACUGUCGCCUAGUGUCGGUCCAGGUCGAUUGUCACACGGCCCCAUUGAGGGUGACGACAUGGACCUACAGGCUGAUGAUCCGGAGGAGGUCGGAGGCAGUAUGUCUUUGGGGUUAGUGUUGUGGCAUCCUUCAUCGGUGGCGCACGACGUUCCGUCAGAGCAUGUCGAGGGAGGAGGCGGUGCCGAUGAGGAGGAGGAGGGCGAUAUACCACCUGACCUUUAGGACCACGCCAGAGCAUAUAUGGAGGAGGGGGAGAUUACACCUGGGCCACUCGACCCUAAUGCGUU